AGUACAACAUGAAAGGAAUGCAUGCGAUGCUACUACUACUUGAGGAGAACUGAAACGAACGUCCAUUCGUUACAUAUCUUUUUGUAACUAUCUCUUCCAGGCAUGUUGGUCAAUCUACAAGGUUAGAUUUAACAAUCAUGAGACUCUUCCGAAGGAAAACCAACGAAUAUGCGGAUCCACAAUUGACGGCCUUACGUCAGGAGCAACAAGACGACGAAGACCAGAUUUCCAACAACGGUGGAGACGACUCUGGUUCUGUUGCUGGCAGCCAGAUUUCCAAUUCCGGGGGUGGGGCCGGUGGAUCAAUGGGUGGGAACACACCUCAAAUUGGAAAACGAGGAGGUAUAUCCACAUGGGGCAAACGCGUGGGUCGGAAGUUUGACCAAAUUAAACUGGGCGAUGAGCGGCUCCAGUACGCAGUGAACGAACCCCCAAACCCUUCAUCGCCUUCUCAAGUUCCGGCUUUAUCACCCGCCUCUCAAAGGUCUGAUCGGCAUCUCGCCAAUAACCAUCAUCAUAAUCAUCGCCAUCACAACCACCACCACCACCAUCAAGAUCAUCAUAGUAGUUGUUCGGAAUUGGUUUAUCAUUACCAUCAAGAGGAUACAAUGAUGAGGGGUGGUUACUCGCAACCCGAUUUGAAGCCACGCCCCUCAGCUCAUGUGAAACGGCGAAUCAGCCGAGUGGAAUCACUUCGAAAUUUAUUCUUCAAUCGCAAUGGCUCGGCACAAAACGAGAUGAAAAAGAAACUCCUUUUGAAGAAACGUGCUCGAUCGGCAGAAAAAGUGGAGAAGGUGGACAAAGCCAUUGGAACUGAUUGCGACUUUCUGAGUGAGGACGAUUUCAUGAUUGGCGCGAGUCGUUUGGACAUGAGCUAUGACUCGGUGGACAUUGACUCCAUUUCCCAGAUCAGUGCCAUGGACUCGGCAUCGCAAACUGGAGGGUCCAUGAUUGAAGGCUACAGCAAGUUUCACUUGCAGUCGAAAUCAUUCAGCUCGGAUUCAAACAUCCCCAGAUCAGUCAGUGUGGGAGAGUUGACCAGCACACAAGGAUCCCAAGCCAUGAUCCCGAGGAGAGCGCAAUUCCCGUAUGCUUACAUCCGAUCCAAGCUUUCGGUCUUGCCCGAGGAACAGGCGGGACAGUUAUCUCGAAGAGAGUCCAUGAAUCAAAACGAUGGCGAGCCCUAUCGGAUUCAACGUCAACAAGAGGAUGAUUUAUCGGAGAGCGUGUCUGUUACCACUCAAUCAGAGGUGGGUCCCCCAUCCUCGAAUGAUUAUCCACAAUCUGGAUCCCAUCCCAGCUUAAGGAUGAGGAAAAUGGCCCUUCGCAGAAAACGCAGCCUCUCAGUGGCCGAUAUUCCAGCUCCCAAUGGUUUUACCGACUCGCGUAUCCGGGGAGCUCAAACUAUCACGCAUUUCAAGUCUGAAGAGUCCGGAUACGAUUCUGACACAACAAGGAAGAGCUCUCCACGUGGUUCUCUUAAGAAUGAUCCCAACAUGGUUCCCGCAUUUGGGAGCACGGGAAGCAACACUGACUUUGAUGAAUCGUCCGCUUCAUCCGGCUCAGGUCGUGAACACAAGGAGUUGGACGACGUUGACUCGGCAUCUUCAGGCUCAGAGGACUCAGGUGCUCCUUCGACAGGCACGAAAACUGACAGUCAAGAGGAUUUGAAGAACAACUCAUCGUCAUCAUUGAUUUCUAAGAAGAAUAAAGAUGAAUCCAUGGGCGGAAAGCGGCCAGAGAUCAAGAAACCCCCGAGGAAGAGUAAACUCCCCGAGGCCACGUUCAAAACCACAAAUAAAUCAAAUCAGUCAUUCCCAUCCGACAGCGGAUCUGGGAGAAGAUUCAAGAAAAAUGGCGAGGGUGCAGAUGACGGGGUGCAGUUCGAUCAGGGUAAUAACCACUCUGACCACAUCCCGUCUGCAUUACCCUCACUCACCAGCAAAAGGUUCAAGAUGCUUCGCUUGAGGAAUGAAGAUAACGGGGAUUUAGGAAUCGUGAUCAGCAAGAAAAGACACCCCCAAAAGGGUACAACUGGUUACAUCAUCGCACACAUUGACGAAGAAGGCCUGGUGGAAAGGGAUGGCCGAUUCCAAUUAGGUGACGAGAUCAUCAACGUCAACGGAAAAAGUUUGCGUGGCUUGAGUAUGGACGAGGCCCGGGGACUGCUUCGAAAUUGUGGCUCUGAAGUGGAUAUCAUUCUGGCCCGAGACCCACUAGAGGGUGGAGGAGAUCCGCCCCCACACAACCAAAGCAGCCCCCAGGCCCCGAAUCCAGCCAUGGUUUCCGCUCCGACUCCAGUGGAGCGGAGAAAACGACGGAAAUUGCCUCACAUUGAGCGGCCUCGAUCUGCGCCCAUCCAUGACUUUAUGCGAAAUGGCGGUCAUACCGGUAGUGUUCACAGUAUAAACGAACCCGAAAACGGCGGCAUGAAGACCGUGAUCAAGAUUGGACACACCAGUGAUCGAAUUGAAACCCAUCACAAAGACAGAGGUGUGAUCAGUUGCGUGGACACGCCCCUCAUCACACCAGCCCAAUCGGUCGAGAACUUCUAUUUUGACCCGAACGACGACACCUACUCGGUGGUGAGUUCUCAAUGUAGUGAAGCCAUCACCAACAACCAUCACCAACGUUCAACCUCGGGGGGCCGAUAUUGUGUUGAGACGCACAGCGUACCUACCACGCCCACGCCUUUGGAUCAGCGCAAGGGACGAGGGCCAGUUGAAAGACGGCAGAUGAAGGCCAGCUUGAUUCCGCGACGGCCCAAAUCAUUGGCAAUGCAGAUCCUGACCAUUGAUUUUGAAAAGGGUCCCGGGAAGAAAGGGCUGGGCUUCAGUGUGGUGGGCGGAAUCGACUCGCCCAAAGGAAGCAUUGGUAUAUUUGUCAAAACCAUCUUCCAAGUUGGACAAGCUAUUGACCAGGGCACUCUCAAAGAAGGGGACGAGAUCCUGGCCGUGAACGGUUUGGCCCUUCAAGGCAUGUCCCAUUCUGAGGCCAUCUCGGUCUUCAAGAACAUUCGCAUUGGUCGGGUGGUUCUCCACGUCGCUCGACGAGACGCGGCUGCUCGCAGAAAAUACAAGAGCAAUUCGUGCGACGAUUUGGAUGGAUACGAAGAGUGAGUGAGACCCAACGAUCCAUGGACUGGGUUUCUAACCGAUCAGCUAUCAUCUACUUAAUAUUCAUGCAUCAAUUGGGAUAUAACUAGUCUCUUUUUCUUCUCCUCCGGAUUCACUUCGCCUUCAAGAAACGAUCCCCAACCAACCAACCAACGAACCAUCCAUUCAUAAAUCUGUGUGAAGUUGUGCUCCUGAUAGGGGGACAAUAAAUUUUACCGUUCUACACCGAUGGUGUUUGUGUACUCACUUUGUUGAAUCACUCAGAAAUAUAUGUCAUACCAAACUA